AUGGCUGAUCCAGCUCUCCACCCAGAAACCCAACCCCUCAAACAAAUCGCCAUAGACUACACCCCAGAAGCCUGCACCCACUGCCCCAACUCCAACACCAUCACCCUCACCUUCGAUCACCGCGGCGGCGCUAGGUGGCGCACCACCACGAGGUUCCUCUACGGCACCUUCAGCGCCCUCAUUAAGUGUCCUACAGGGAACACCAGCGGCCUCAACUUCAACCUCUACCUCUCCUCCCUAGAGGGCGACAAAUCUCAGGACGAGAUCGACUUCGAGUUCUUGGGCAAGGACCUGACCGUCGUGCAAACCAACUACUACACUGCCGGCACCGGCAGCAGGGAGAGCAUUCACCAGUUGGGUUUCGACUGCUCUGAUGGGUUCCACGAGUAUGUGAUCAAGUGGGGCCCGAACGAGAUCCAGUGGCUCAUUGAUGGGAAAGCGGUGAGGACGGAGAAGAAGGGGGACGGUGAGGAUUUUCCUGAGAAACCCAUGUUUUUGUAUGCCUCCGUUUGGGAUGCAAGCUACAUUGAUGAGGCGAGGUGGACUGGGAAGUAUGUGGGGUGCGAUGCACCGUAUGUUUGUGUCUACAAGGAUAUUCAUGUGCCGGCUGGGACUGCACUGGAGUCUUCUUGUGAUUCGUGA